CACAGACCUCCUAAAAUCGACGGUCAUUAAACCAUCAACCCCAAAUCCCAACAUAAAAACCCAUGCACAAUAUAAAACAACCUCCCACUUUGGGCCCCACACCAAAUCCAAACAUUACCUAAAUAAACCGCCUCUUCGAAUCCUCAAAAUCCAAAACCCUAAUUCUCUCGAUCCCCAUGGACGACGACGACGACUCGUUUCUCGACCACAAGCUCUGCGGGUACUUGUGCACCGUUCUCACGGUCAAUCUUCCUCCGCCUCCACUCCCCGAAACGCCGCGUUUCAACACUCACUGCGAAAUAUUCGGGGACGGUUCGGAGGUCGGGUUCAGGUGCCAAAACGGCAUCGUGCUCUCAGUAGUUUCAUGUUCAGAGCAAUGCGAGCGGAACGGCGUCGUUCCGGAGAAGAGGAGGAGGAAGGUGAGGAAGAUAGGGCAGGUGCACGGGAGCAUCAGCGUGGUGCACCAGCUCCACGCGCUGGUGGUCCACAGGUGUGUGAAGGUCAAUGCGCGCGUGGUUUGGGUCGGUGGUGGUGGUGGCGGUGAUGGUGAGGUGAGGGCGGUGGUACUGGUGGACGUGUACGUGCCGAUCGUGGCAUGGAGUGGGUGGCAGUUUCCGAGGUCCGGUGGGAUCGCCGGAGCGCUUUUUCGGCACUUGAGCUAUGACUGGGGGGAGAGAAAGUCAAUACUUGCUUGUGGAGAAUAUUGUAUAGAAGCUCAUGGAGCUGAUGAGAGCAUUUGGAAUCUUUCUGAUUGUCAUGUUCUUGGAUGUAAGCUGCAUUACAAUGCCACCGAUUCUUCAAAAAGAAGGCCAUUUGAACUUCAUGAAAUUUUUAAGAGCUUACCUAGCGUGAUGAAGGAGAGACAGUCUGGUUCUUCAAGAAUUAUACCAGUAAACGGCUCUUAUAAAUCUGGCAUUUGGGAGGUAUCUGAUGACAUUUUGAUUAAGAUACUAGCUGUACUUGGCCCGAUGGACCUUUAUAGGGUUGCAGCAACCUGUUGCCAUCUAAGAUCCUUGGCCGCAUUAGUCAUGCCAUGUAUGAAAUUAAAACUGUUUUCUCAUCAGCAGGCGGCAGUCCAAUGGAUGUUGCAGCGUGAGCGCAAUGCUGAAAUUUUGCCACAUCCUUUAUUCAGGGCUCUCUCAACUGAAGAUGGAUUUAGUUAUUAUGUAAAUGUUGUUUCUGGCGAAAUAGUUACCGAGAUACCUCCCACUAUCAAAGAUUUUCGUGGGGGUAUGUUCUGUGAUGAACCUGGCUUAGGCAAGACUAUAACUGCUCUUUCCCUUAUUUUGAAGACACAGGGAACGCUAGCAGAUCCACCAGAAGGGGUACAAGUAAUCUGGUGUACACAUAAUGGUGACCAGAGAUGUGGCUAUUAUGAGCUUAGUGGUGAUAAUAUCACUGGUGGUAACAUGUUCCUGGACAAUAGGGAUGUAGGUCAGAAUGCUCACAGAGGCAUGGAGGACUUGAACCACUCCUCAACUAAAAGAGUCAGGUUAAUACUUUUUGAUGAGCAGAUUGCAGGAUUUGAUGAGUCAAGUCCUAAUAAAGGAAAGAAAUCACCUUUAUCUGCAUGUUCUGAGCCAGCAAUGUCUGUGGUUCGACGCUCUAGAGAUUUGGGCCGCAUCAAGAAAAAUCUUUUUUCCCGAUAUGAAGGAGAAACUGUUUUUCCUAAAGAAAGGAAGCUUGGUAAAAAUUCAAGUAAAAGGAAGCAUACUUCUAUUGAUCCUGAACAUUGCUCUCAGGAAAAGCAAGUUGGUGUGUUACAUGGAGUAUUAAAUGAUUGCGAGAGGCCUGGGGGGGCUGCCGCAGAUCAUCUCGAGUAUAAUGACACCUGGGUUCAAUGCGAUGCUUGUCGCAAGUGGCGGAAGCUUGGAGAAACUAGGGUAUCUAAUGCUAGUGCAGCAUGGUUUUGUAGUAUGAACCCUGAUUUUCUAUACCAGAGUUGUAGCGUUCCUGAAGAAUCUUGGGAUAAUUGCAGCCGAAUAAGACAUUUACCAGGAUUCUACACCCAAGGAACUUCUGGGGGUGAGGAACAGAAUGUUUCAUUUUUCACCAGUGUGCUUAGAGAGCAUUAUCGUUUGAUAAAUUAUGAAUCAAAGAAAGCCUUGACUUGGUUGGCUAAGCUUUCUUUGAACAAACUCUCACAAAUGGAAUCAGUUGGCGUACAAAGUCCUUACUUAGGCACUUCUGUUGUGCCUGUGGGAAAUGCCCAUGGCUUCUACAAAAUAUUCCAAGCAUUUGGUCUCAUAAAGAGAGAAGUAAAAGGUAUUUGUAGGUGGUAUUAUCCUCGAGAUCUUGACAACUUGGUCUUUGAUGUGGCUGCUCUCAGGAUUGCUCUCUGUGAGCCACUGGAUUCUGUCAGGUUAUAUUUGUCCAGAGCUACCUUAAUUGUUGUGCCAUCAAAUCUAGUUGAUCAUUGGAAAACUCAAAUUGAAAAGCAUGUCAGUCCUGGUCAAUUACGUUUGUUUGUUUGGGCUGAUCAUAGGAAGCCUGCUGCACACAGUCUAGCUUGGGAUUAUGAUAUUGUAAUAACUACUUUUAAUCGGUUAAGUGCAGAGUGGGGCCCACGUAAGAGAAGUGUAUUGGUACAAGUGCAUUGGCUUAGAGUCAUCUUAGAUGAGGGACACAGCCUUGGCUCUAGUGUUAACUUGACAAACAAAUUGCAGUUGGCUGUGUCGUUGGUGGCUUCAAAUCGGUGGAUAUUAACGGGGACUCCAACUCCUAACACUCCCAACAGUCAACUGUCACAUCUUCAACCAUUGCUUAAGUUCCUUCGCGAGGAAGCAUUUGGACUGAAUCAAAAGUCAUGGGAAGCUGGAAUUCUUAGGCCGUUUGAAGCAGGGAUGGAGGAGGGACGGUCACGUUUGUUGCAUUUACUUCAUAAGUGCAUGAUUAGUGCAAGAAAGAUGGAUUUGCAUAGUAUUCCACCCUGCAUCAAGAAAGUUACUUUUCUCAAUUUUACUGAGGAACACGCAAGAAGUUACAAUGAACUAAUAGUUACAGUGCGGCGCAAUAUACUAAUGGCCGACUGGAAUGAUCCUUCUCAUGUUGAGAGUCUACUGAAUCCCAAGCAGUGGAAGUUUAGAAGUGCAACUGUCAGAAAUGUCAGGCUAUCUUGUUGUGUGGCUGGACAUAUUAAAGUGACAGACGCUGGUCAAGAUAUUCAGGAAACGAUGGAUGUUUUAGUUGAAAAGGAUCUUGAUCCUACUUCGGAAGAGUAUGCUCAUAUAAAAAGCAACCUCCUGUGUGGUGGGAACUGUGUCAGAUGUCAGGAAUGGUGCCGUUUACCUGUCAUUACGCCAUGUAGGCAUCUUUUGUGCCUUGAUUGUGUCGCUUUGGACAGUGAAAAGUGUACUUAUCCUGGAUGUGGUAAUUUAUAUGAGAUGGAGACUCCUGAUGUGCUAACCCGGGCAGAAAAUCCUAACCCGAAAUGGCCUGUUCCCAAAGAUCUUAUUGAGUUACAACCAUCAUACAAACAGGAUAACUGGGAUCCUGAUUGGCAAUCAACAUCUAGCAGUAAGGUCACUUACCUUGUACAGAAGUUGAACACUUUGCUGGAAGGUAAUAGAGAGGCUGGUUACUACAUGGGUGAGGGCAAAAAGUGCAUGGGUGAGCUACUUUCUCCCUCGCAUAUGAGCGAUGCAAAGUUAUUGUUACUGGAUAACUUCUCCAGAACAAGCACCAAUACUGAGAAACUUGGCCCAGAGAAAGUCAUAAUUUUUUCUCAAUUUCUUGAGCAUAUUCAUGUCAUUGAGCAGCAGUUAUCUUUUGCAGGUAUUAAAUUUGCUGGGAUGUAUAGUCCAAUGCAUUCUAGCAACAAGAUGAAGGCACUGACCACAUUCCAGAAUGAUGCAAGUUGUAUUGCGCUCUUGAUGGAUGGGAGUGCUGCACUGGGGCUUGAUCUAAGCUUUGUAACGCAUGUGUUUCUAAUGGAACCAAUUUGGGACAAAAGCAUGGAGGAACAAGUGAUAAGUCGUGCUCAUCGGAUGGGUGCUACUCGUCCUAUUCAUGUGGAAACUUUAGCAAUGCAUGGUACAAUUGAAGAGCAAAUGGUUGGGUUCUUACAGGAUGCUGAUGAGUGUAGGAGACUCUUGAAGGAAGAGUGUGGAAAACCUGAUCGCGAGGGACCGCGAGCUCAUCGUACAGUACAUGAUUUUGCUGAAAGCAAUUAUCUCUCUCAGAUUAGUUUUGUGCGCACUAACCCAAAGAAGUAAUGCUUUGUUGGAUUGUCAAGAAAAAUUGGAGGAUGAUGAUAAAGAACUCCACCUGCUGCUGCGUUUUGGAGGAUAUGGCGGCCUAUUUCAUCACUUUGCCCAAAUGAUUUAUUUGAUUUGUUAAGUAUUUUUGCUCCUCGAGUGUUCUCACAUGGGGUCUCGCCGUCUUGGAAUUCACUGAGGCAUUUGGCACUUGAAUCUUCCCUAAUUUGGGUAUGUGAUAGAGUUGUAUAUGGGUCAGUUCAAACAAACAAGAAUGAAUACAGUUGGAUGUCUCGUUAAUCUGA